CUGGUUGGUGUUUUAAAUCAUCUCCAAGCUGCACCUGAGAAGGCGGUCGAGGAUUUGGGUUGGGAUUUUAUCCGUGAAGGAUCGUGGCUCUCUCUUCUGUUGUAUUUCAUCAAUGGUGGCUUAUGGGGUUAUUGCAAGAAAAAGGAGUGCACAUCUGUCAAUGCCAAGUAUAUUGCUACCGCCGAUGGCAUUCGCUCCUACUUGAUGGAAAUUUAUGCCCUCGUAGAGUUGCUGAGAGUGCUUUCAUCGCUGUUAGCAAGUAUUUACAAGUGCAUAGGAAAGCUUUCCUUGCAACUUUCAGUACUUUGAAUCACCAUGGCCACAGUUCGCCAUCUCUACUACUUCUCAAGCAUACUCUAUUUGGUAAAAGUCUUCAAGCUGAUGAAUAUGUGAAGAUUGGUGACAAUUCCCUUCAUCUUCAAUGCAUGUUUUAUCCAUCGAAACUGGAUGCUCUGGGUGAUGAUGGAAGAGGUCCGGUUGUUUUAUGCGGAUUUAUGGUAAAUGGGUUGCAGAUCUUUGUGAAAACUCUAACGGGUAAGACGAUAACCCUAGAGGUCGAAUUGUCCGACACGAUCGACAAUGUCAAGGCCAAAAUUCAGGACAAGGAAGGGAGCCCACCGGACCAGCAGCGUCUGAUCUUUGCCGGGAAGCAGUUGGAAGACGGGAGGACACUCGCAGACUACAACAUCCAGAAGGAGUCGACACUUCACUUGGUUCUGCGUCUGAGAGGAGGAGGAAAGAUUAAGAGGAAGAAGACACUCUUCAUUACCGGUCUCAAUGCCAAAACUGGACCAAGAGCUAUCCUCAAGUUCUUCGAGGAUGCUGGAGAAGAAGUUGUUCGUGUUCAAUUUUUAAUAGACCACAGGCAGAGAAGGCGCGGAUGCGCUUUUGUGUUUUUUGCUUCGGCUAAGGAAGCAAAGAAUGCGCGGGAAUUGAUGAAGAAUGGCGUAGAAUUGGACGGGAACAUGAUAUAUAUUGCCGCCCGAGCUACUCUCCCUGAAGGCGCUGGAAAGUAUUGGUUAGAUUACACGGUUUGUUACGGUACUGUGGCUGAAUCGACACAGAAUGAGAAUAUACUCAUUGUUUCCAAUCUCUCUCCCCAGACUAAAGUGUCUCAUAUUAUCGAUUUCUUCGGAAGUGUGGGAUAUGUUGUUACUGCUCAAAUAAUUGUAAACUCCAAGGGUAAGCGUGUGGGCUACGCCUUUGUUGAGUUCGCGGAUCCUUGUACAGCAAACAUGGCGUUGAAAACGAAACAUUGUCUAUAUUUGCUUGAUCAUAAGGUUUUCCUAGCUACAACGUCGUCACUUACAGGCCGUCCCCAACCUUUCCUUGUAGACAAACUCUGGAACGACUACUUUCUGACAAAGGAUGAAAACACGCUCUCUGUCACCAACCUCUCUUGCGAUACUGAAAUAGAAGAUAUCAUCGAUUUCUUCAAUGAUGAUGCACGAGUUGUUCAAGUUCAAUUUUGUAUGGAUUCCAGUGACAAGCGAAUGGGCCAGUGUUUUGUUGAGUUUGCUUCCGCUGAAGAGGCAAAUCUGGUGUUGUACACGAAGCUUACUAAAACGUUGAACCAUCAGAAAAUUUCGCUUGCUUGGGCCGCUGAUGUUCCACGCAUUACGCCAUAUUGCCUCGUUCACAAGGUAAAGUACGAAGAAGAAGAAGAAGAAGAAGAAGAAGAAGAAGAAGAAAAGAAGAAGAAGAAGAAGAAGAAGAAGAAGAAGAAGAAGGGUUUAAUGAAACUUACACUGUUUAUGAUGAAGUAGACCAAAGAAGAAGGAGUAUCUUCUUCUCCAAUUUCCUUAGAUCACAGCGACUAUCUCAUAUCACCAACUUCUUCAAAGUUAGAAAGGAUUCUGGAAAAAAAGGUACUGAAGAUUUUAGAAAAGGUGAAGAUUUUAGGGUUCGACUUGCUAUAAACCUGAACGAACGGAAUAGUCUCGGCUGUGGCAUUAUUGAGUUUGAGACUGCUGACAGAGCAAAGAAGGCGCUGCUGUACGAGAGUAGUCGUCUGAAUAUAAUUUCUGACGUGGUUGAGAUGUCUCCAUACCCUAUCCGACCCAAGUACAAGUACAACCGUGCAGAGAAGCUCUGG